AUGGACUGCACCGUCUUUACGAAUGGUCAGAUUUUCACCGAAGGCGAUACAUUAAACGAACAAGAUGUCUUCCAGCAAGCCAUGGUCAUCGUGGGCGACCGCAUCGAACAUGUCGGAAGAAGCACUGACGACGCCGUGCAAGAUGCCUUGUCGGCUGGCGCGACACAUAUCGGAUUGAACGAUAGAAUCGUGGUACCGGGAUUUAUCGACAGUCAUAUGCACAUCGUCGACUUUGCGCUCUCACGUCGCAAGGUCGAUCUACUGCAUUGCAAGUCGCUGGACGACAUUCGACGCGAGAUCAAGGGAUACGCCGAGACACACCCGAGCGAACCCCGGAUUGCCUGCAAGGGUUGGAUUCAAUCAACUACGGGCGGAGUCGCCUUAGCCAGCAUGCUGGACGACUUGGAUCCUCGUCCCAUUUACAUCCAUGCCAAUGAUUUACAUUCGGGGUGGUGCAAUACGGCUGCGCUGGAGGAAAUUGGCGCACCGACGAUGGUCGACCCGCCUGGGGGGAAGAUCCACCGCGACGAGAACGGCAGGCCCACGGGGUUGCUGAGUGAAACGGCUCAUCUGGCAGUUGUGCCUGCGUUCCUUACGAAAGCGACCUCGAAAGACGACAAACUCACUGCGUUGAGAGACGCGGCAGCUGCUUAUAGCGCCGCCGGAUACACAGGGAUGAUCGACAUGGCUAUGGAUGACCUGGAAUGGGAUGUCCUCAAGGAGUUCCGGCAGCAAUGCGGCGAUAGUUUCCCGUUUCAUGUCGCGGCACAUUGGCUGAUCCCAUUUUCCGAGGAUUCAAAUGAGGUCAUGCAGAAUCUAGAUACGGCAAUCGUCCGUAACCGCGAAUACAGCCCGAUGCGAUGCCCCGAGUUCUGCAUCGUUGGGAUCAAGAUUAUGUCUGACGGAGUAGUCGACGGAUGUACAGCAGCUUUGAAGGAGCCUUACAAUGGUUCGACAGGCCGUGUACCGACCAUCUGGCCCGCAGACGCGCUCAAGGCCGUCAUCAAGAAGGCGGACGCAGCUGGCCUCCAGUGCGCGAUCCACGCCAUCGGAGACCAAGCGGUAAAACAAGCCAUAGACGGACUUUCGCACGCUGAACCCGGUCACCGGCAUCGCAUUGAGCAUCUUGAGUUGACGGCACCCGAAGAUGCCAAACGCCUGGGCCAACUGGGAAUCACCGCGUCCGUUCAGCCCGUCCAUUCCGACCCGGCGUUGUUUCAAGCCUGGCCCGGUCUCAUCGGCAAGCAUCGCUGCAGUCGCGCGUUCGCCUAUAAGGAUUUCCUAGAUGGGGGCGCGCCCAUUGCCAUCGGCACUGACGCCCCAACGGCAAAUCAUCUAUCGCUGCCCAACUUGUAUAAUGCGACAACCCGCCGGUCGACUAUCGAGCCGGAUUGCGACGAGACCGUGAACUCGCAUUUCGGCCUGUCCCUUGGGGCGGCCGUGACUGCAGCAACCAGCGGAGCAGCGUAUUCUCGUUUUGCAGAUUCGUGGACUGGCAGGCUGCGCAAGGGAUAUCGGGCGGACUUUGUGAUUCUGGAUAUGGAGUGGGAAGCUGAGAGCUUACUGAAGGCGAAGGUUCAGCAAACGUGGGCGCGAGGAAGGAAAUCGUACGAAGCAGAAACAGAUAAAAGCAUGCGAUGA